AUGACGGAGAAAUGUCAUUAUGCCGGUGAUGGGACGUGGGCGAGUGAGGAAAGAAACAAACCGGUUGAGCUCACGGCAAUGAAUAGAGUUGGGACGGUGAAUCAGGGCGAAUCAAAGGCCGCAAUGAGUUUUUGGGUCCGUCAAUUCGAAGCUAUGAACCUCAGGGACUUGGAGCUUGAGUCGCUGGUGGUAGGAUUUCCCCCACUGAACAUUGAGCCCAAAUUGAAGGAUGACGCGCCCAGUGAAGAGGGGAACAAAUUAACGUCGGAAAUAGCUUCUUCGGUCAGCAGAGGUUUUUUGGAUCCCGAUAGGAGGAAGCUCUUGUAA